GUCAAUAACGUGGAAACGGGAAAUUCUGAACUUCUCAAAAGUUCAAACUUCUUUAUGAAAGAGUGGAAUUUGAUAAAAAAAUGUAAUAUAAAUUUGUGAUAAGAGUGAUUAAUACCAAAUAUGAUCGUUUACUAAUUUAGAGGCUUUCCAGAAUGGAUUCAUUUGCUGCAGAUUUGGCUAUCCAAGCUUUUUUGGGCCGUGGCACCGACUUCGUGGGCGGCAUCGACAACGAGGCGUUGGACUUCUCGCAGCUGGAGGACUUCAUCAACAGCGAGGGCUCCCAAGGCAACGGCUCCUAUUUCGGGGACUCCCUCAACACGACGCCGGCCACGACGACAGGGAAACUGCUCAACGUCAUAGUCGAAAACAAAAGGAACAAUAAUGGCCAUUCCCUGCCCGAAAGCCCUCCAGACAGCAGCUCGGAGCACCCUUACAGUCCGCAAGAGGGCUGCGAAGUGGCUCCCAUCUCUCAACAGGAGUCUCUGUACGCGAACCUCAACCAGUCCAUCUACAAGCAACCGGCCAUUCUGACUCCCAUUCUGACAGACAACCUCAUCUUGGGCUCGCACAUCGUGGUCUCUGGACAGGGAGAGCACGUGCUGGAAGGGGGUGGGAUUCUGCGAGACGAGGAUGCCGGCGUGUUGCAGCCGAGGAUCAUCAUCUCGGAGUCGGGGGUGGCAGAUAACAGCCGACCGAUCCUGUUGGCCCCAUCCGAACCAGGCCAAACGUUCGACGGGAGCAUCUUCAAGAGCGACGAGUACGACAAGAACAUGGUUCACCUGGGAUACAACCACGCCAUAGACGGUCUGCCUAGGAGUAACGUGGAGGGCGAUUUGUGCGAACAAAGUCUGGAUAAUAUACAGAGCGUUUAUACGAACUUGCAGUCGGCGCCCAAGAAGAGGAAGCUGUCGCAGGAUUCGCCUCUGGUCAAGAGUGAACCGGAACAUUGUACGACGAGUCAGCUGAGCCCUUCCGAACAAAUGAAUACGUCGAUAGACGACGAGUACGCAUCUUCGGAAGCCUGCCUAUCGGAAUCCCAGUACCAGUGCAUACGGUUCAAUGCCUUUCAGCAAAACAAUUGGCAUACCUUGUGCGAUCAAAAUUUAACGGAACUUAUUCCACCGCAUUACAGGGUGGAUGCGGAUAAAGGUUUCAAUUUUUCACAUGCCGAUGAUGCUUUUGUUUGUCAGAAGAAGAAUCAUUUUCAGGUCACGUGUCAUGUCCAGCUAUUAGGCGACGCCCAAUUCGUGAAAACCCCAGACGGAUUCCAAAAGAUAUCGAGUUUUCACAUACACUUUUACGGGGUGAAACAUGAUUGUCCGACACAAACGAUAAGGGUGGAACAAAGCCAGAGCGACAGGAGCAAGAAACCGUUCCAUCCAGUCUUAAUUGAAUUGGUUAAUUCGCAAGUGACGAAACUCACAGUGGGCCGACUACACUUCAGCGAGACGACAUCGAAUAACAUGAGGAAAAAAGGGAAACCCAAUCCUGAACAAAGAUAUUUUCAGCUGGUGGUCGGUCUGCAUGCUCACACGACGAACGGAAAUUUUCCGAUCGUCAGUCAAGCCAGUCAAAAAAUCAUCGUCAGAGUAAGUAACAAUCUGGUAUCUCACAAACUGCGUGUAAAUCGAGGAGUUUUGCAGGCUUCGAAUCCUGGCCAGUUCGAGAGCGACGUGGAAUUGUGUUGGCAAAAAGGACAAACGCAAGACUCUGUUGUGCACAGUGGUAGAGUGGGGAUAAACACAGAGAGACCGGACGAAUCUCUCGUGGUGCACGGAAACAUCAAAAUAACUGGGCACAUCAUCCAGCCGAGCGAUAUCAGAGCGAAGAAAAACAUUACGGAAUGCAACACGGCAGAACAACUGAAGAAUGUGCAACGGUUGAGAGUUGUUAGAUACGAAUAUGAACCGGCUCUAGCACAUCAACUAAACCGGUCUAACGAGUGCAGCGACACGGGAGUGAUAGCCCAAGAAGUGGCGAAAAUUUUACCGGAAGCUGUCAAGCCUGCCGGGGAUCUCAUUCUGCCCAAUGGGACUUCGAUCGACAACUUCCUAGUAGUUAAUAAAGAAAGAAUAUUUAUGGAAAACAUUGGGGCAGUGAAGGAGCUCUGUAAAGUGACCGAUAACUUGGAAACGAGAAUCGAUCAACUGGAGAGGAUAAACAGGAGGUUGAACAAACUCAAACGGGGUGAUAGUCUCAAGUCCACAAGCACAGUUAAUAGUUCUAAGCUAUCGUAUUCGCACAAAUGCUCAAAGCAUCUACGCCAUACCUGUUACAAAGAUGAAGAACUUUGUUCGAACAAAUUUAUACAAAUUAUCAUAGUGGUAUUAGUUAUAAUAAUGGCAUUCUGUUUGGCCGCUAUUACUACACUGUAUCUGAUGGAGGUAGCUCGCCAUUCGCAGUACAUGCAGCCCAACAUAGAUAGACCUCAUAAUAAUUAUAUUCCUAAAAGGCCUUCCAAAACCACAAAAGUCCAUACCACUUGGACGCCUACCACCGCUCCGUACGAAACGACACAUUUUUAUAAUAAAGAAGAAAUCACGAAGGUAACUGUGGAUCCAGAGCUAGUCAACAGGAGGCCGUCAUUCAUAAUCGGACGACCUAUAGAUUGUCUAACUGUAGAGCAAGACCUGGAAAGUUCAAACUUAUGUCAGAUUUUCUGUUGCGCCAACCCCCCACCGCGACCGGCGCACGAGCCCACCGCGCACUUCUCCGAAAAGCGGCCGCCCUUCAACAGAACCAAAGCGGGCGGGCCUUUGCUCAACGUUGAGAAGAACAAGAUCGCUAAGCCUUUCCACUCCAACGACAUCGACAAGCAGGCCAGGCAGCGGAGGGACACCUACACGGACGAGGCUAAUAUGUUCGAUAUCGUCGAUGACCAACUUUUCACCAUAAUAAUACAUGGGAAGAACUUCAACACAACUUUAACACCAAAAUACCGUACCGAGAUCUCGAACGCACAGUACAAUUUCUCCUACUCAGUUCCUAUAUCGAAGUAUAUGCCAGACGAAUUCAUCAAUCUGAUAUUCAAGUCAUCUCAAUCGCACAUAAAAGAGAUUGAACACUGCUACAACGAUUACAAGCAGCACGAAUGCCCGUUCGUGAGUUCGUCGGCCUACUUCGACGACAAAAUGAAAAUCAGGCACAAGGUCAACGAGAACAGCCCCAGUCAGCUGAUCGGCUUCCAGAGCGUCGUCUUUGAGGUGGACAUGAUUGACUUCCAGUCCAAGGUGAUGACGUACAGGGCUUCCCUGAGGCAAAAUCAGAACACAUGCAAAUUAUCUUCAACCAAAUUAGGCAUAGAAUAUGUCGAAUACAAUUUUCACUUUUAUAGACACUGUGAUGAGUAAUGUAUCAAUUUAGAAUUACUGAGCAAUAAGAACAAAGGGUUUUAUCAACAUGACAAAUGUUAUUGUGUAUAUUUUGUUUUAUAGUUUGACAUUGAAAAGAUACUCUUUCAAAUAUUAUUUUUUGAUUUUGUAAAUGUUUAUAAAUAUAUAAUAUAUUAUAUUUGCACAUAUUUAUCAUAGGUCCUUGGCACUUCUAGUUUAUUCUAAGUUGUAGGUAUACUAGAUCAGAAUUUUUUGGUAUUCAAGUGAUUUGACUCCAAAAAAAUAUAUUCAGACGCUAUUAAUUUUUUCAACUCGUUCAUGUUCUUGAGAUAAGUACAUUUAUUGUAUGUACAGAGUGAACAAAUUUCAAUGUCAGUAAAGGAUAACUCGGUAACUAUACAGGGUAUGCCGCGACGAGCUUACACAAUCUGUAUACAGGGUGCCCGUUUUUCGAGCUUCACCAUGGGAAUAUCAGUUAUUAUAAGAGAUGCGAGGUCGGUUAAAUGACGGCAAAGUUGCGCAGUUCCAUGCUGAACAUUCAUCUGUCAUUUUUUGGUUUUAAAUUAUUCG